AUGGCCAAGGAGAAAGAAGCGCCGCUCAAAGAGGCGCUCGCGAAGAAGGGCGGCUUGACCCUGUCGCAACUCGCGCAGUACGACGACCUGUCGACGGACGUGCUGGUUGACAAGGUGUACUUCUGGACCACGAUCCGCAAGAACCGCACGCGCUACUCACCCGUGCGGAGCAUCCUCGACGAAGACAUCGCGCGAAUUCUGCGCGAGUCGGUGGUCAUUGCAAAGGACCCGGUGCGAGCGCAAGAGCGGCUGCUCGAGCUGCCGGGUCUGAAGCGCUACCUGGCCAAACUGGCCACCAAGGACGAGAAGGAGCACUUCAAGCGGCAUUUCCGCAAGUACGUCAACCUGUACAUGCCGGACUGCCCCUGGGAAGUCUCGACCACGAACCGCUAUACGAUUACCCAGCACGAAGCCGCCGUUUGCGCGCGCCGCGACAUCCGGAAGAACGAGGUCAUCAAGUACCUGUGUGGCAUCCAAGUCGCCAUAACCAAAGAGGAGGAGGAGACGUUGGAUCUGAACAAGCGUGAUUUUAGCAUCGUCAUGUCGAGCCGGAAGAAGGCUCCUUCCCUUUUCCUGGGUCCCGCACGCUUCGCCAACCACGACUGCGAUCCGAACGCGAGACUGACGACGAACGGCCCGAAUGGCAUGGCGAUUGUCUCAAAGAAGGACAUCGACGUCGGCGAGGAGAUCACAGUGUCGUAUGGCGAGGACUACUUCGGUGAGGACAAUUGCGAGUGUUUAUGUGCCACUUGCGAGAAGCUGGCCAGGAAUGGCUGGGGCACGCCCAAGAAAGAUGCGGAUGGGGACGUGAAUGACUCUGGGAGCCAGAUUCCGCCGCAGGAGGGCCCGUACUCGUUCAGGAAGAAGCGACGCUACGCGACGGAUUCAGCAACGGCUUCGCGCGACACUACCACCGAGCCUAUGGCCCGGGAAGGCGGAAAGAAGAAGGUCGAUACACCGCCAACAUCGCAUCCGUCAAGUCCUAGGGGAACAAAGAGAAAAGCAGAGACAGGGGAGCAAUCAAGGCCAACAUCUUCAGGUUCAGAAAGCCAGAAGCGCCUCAAGGCGAUGGAUGGUACACAGAUUAAGAUGGAGCGCACGGAUUCACAGCAAAGCCAGGACAUCCCUCAAUCGUCUGAAGAGGAGCAAGGCCCGAUGACCACCGCUAUGGCAAGACUUAGAUCUAUUCGCAAUCACCAGCGGGACAGGCUUUUGGCUACGACUCUUGCUGAAUCCGAGUCUGUCAGCGCCAGCUCUCCCGGCUCGUUCAGCGACGCGUCGCACCAGUCUUCGCAAUCGACUGCCGCCACAUCCGUAGACGAGGACCUUUCUGCGAACCCGCCGUCGGAUAGCAUGGACGCACGGAUCAAGACUGAAAUAGAAGUCGAACAGAUCCCAACUAUCGAGGUCACGGUCGACGCCUCAGUGGUUGACACCUCAGUGGUUGACAGCUCAGAGACUCCCACCGUCAUUCCCGCGAGCACCGGCACCCUAGCGAAUGAACCUUUAGAGGAAUCAGAACUCUCCGAGCUCUCUGAUAGCGUUGCUUUUGAUGACGACAAUCAGCAGCUCGUCCGGCAAAAGCGGCUCAACACGCCGCCGCGUACCCGUUCUCAAAACAGCACGACUGCUUCUUCGGCCGCUCCCAUCCCGACGAUAGAGAAUCCGCCCGAUUCCACCGACGAGCCGCUUGAUCCCGACCGCCGCUACCCAGGCGAUUAUACCUUGACCUCCCUUCUCCUCUGCGCAAAGUACAGCCGCUGGGUCAGCUGCCGCACUUGCGAUUGCGACUUCGUCCAGGAAGACGCGUACCUCACGCGUGCUGCGUGCCCGCGUUGUGAGCGCCACAGUAAGCUGUACGGAUAUCUCUGGCCGAAGACGGACAAGGAAGGCAAGCACGACAAGGAGAGGCGUGUGAUGGACCACCGCGAGAUCAACCGGUUUGUGAGUCCGAGCGAGGAGAGGGAGAUCAGAAAGGGAAAGAAGCAGUUGCAGAUGGCGAUCGCGAACAGGAGGGCGAGCGAGAUGAGUGAAAGCAUGAGAAGUGGGAGCAUGGACGGAGAGGGGACACCGUCGAGCUUGAAGAGGGAGUUGAGGAGAAGGUGCAGCCGCCUGAGUACGGCGAAUUGA